GGUCAACGACCAUCACGUUGACGUUGCAGUCUACGUUGUUCUGAUGCGCACUUCCACGCCCAUGUGCCACGCCGCUCCGAGUGGUUCCAACAAAACAAAUCAGAACGUCCACAGUCCACACGUGAUUUCAUAAAACACGUCGCGCGCCUCUGAACUCAGUAAUCCAUAUGUCUCAACCAACAAUCGUGCUCUGGAACGCUCAACGGCGCGCAACCCAUUUUUUGGACUAUGCAGGCACACGAGCCCCCUAUGACACGGAUCGGGAGCCUCCAAAGAUUUUGAAGACCGUCCCACCCCUCGCGUACUUCUGUAUUCGUGCCCUCACUCCUCAUGUAGACCAACUGCACCACCUUAAGCAUACUGUACCUUACAAUAGGGAUGUUGUCAGUGCUUUGGUCCCACGAACACCGCUCCCGCUUUCUGUCAAGAAGCGACCGUUUUUCCUUUCAAUUGUGAACCCUAAACUGUUGGCAACACUUGGACAGGUUAUGCACCCACUUCCUAAAGAGUUUAGAGACUAUAACAUACCCCUAAGCGAUGUCCAUUUACCAUUGCUUCAACAGGUGCCCAGUCGGGAGAACUUCUGCUUUAUAACUGUCCUGGCCUUACCGUAUCGUAAGGAGGUGUGCGACGACACCAUUGACGUCAUUUGCCGUCUGAACACGCUCACUGUGCUGGAUAUAAGAGGUACAACUGUAGGAUCCUAUGGCCUUACCGUACUUGCUCGUGGUUUGUCAUGGAGCGAUGACGACCUGCAGUCCCGGACUGGUUGCUGGGGCCUCAGAAUCCUAAGCCUGCAUAGCUGCCCCAACAUAGGCAACGAUGCUCUCCCCAUAUUAUCCAAGUUUCCCUUGCUAUCAUGCAUAGACCUGCGCUUCACUGGCUGCAUCCGACGCGCUGUCUCCGAACAUCUUGCAGAUGCUGGCUUCAGACCUUCUUCAAAUCGUUUAUUAUUUUACCCUGUUCCAUCGGAGAUCUCGCUCAAACAACUGGAGAACUUAGGCCAAACUUCGAUGUACUCGUGCGGACUCACUUCUGUAUUUAAGUUGCACAUUAACAAGCUCAACCAUUCCAACGUUUUUUUCGAGCACAGAACCCCAUUGUACACUCUCCAGAAUAUGAUCGAGGGUCCAUCAAGCUUAAUAGAUGUGGAUGCUGAUGAAGGGCCAGCUGAACCCGCCUCUCAGAAUGUGCAGGCAAGUACGAGAUCUACUUUCUACACAUCACGCUUGCCUCGCAGAGAAAACCUGAUCCAGGCUGCAGUCGAGGAGAGGAAAGAACAACUGCACCCAUUGGCUUUGGCGCGCCCUCCACCUCAAUGGAGUGUACUAGACGCGCUCCGACCACCGGUAUUAUAUGAUCCAAAGGAGGAGCCACCAUUACCGAAGCUCGAAUUUAUCGACCGUGCGCGUCUCACUAAACGUACCUUGUCAAGCAUGGAGGAUAUGGUUGCGACCCUGGCCGACAAGAAUAAGAAACGGCAAGUGGAAUAUGGAACACCUGACAGUUGAGUAUUAUGGCGGGUCCAAAUCGACUGUUGUAGCCACCCGAAUGAAUAAUUAAUUCGAUCUUUGAAUACUUACUAGACUAUGGUGUUGCCG